AAGAGCAGGAAGUAGAAUCUGUUAUGGCAAAAAAGAAAGCAAAGGAAAAUCCAAAACACACAUUUUCAGCUGAGGGAGUGAAGCCGGAAAAGCAACCAGAAAUGAAACCAUCUGAUCGAACUAGUCUGUUUUUGCCGGCCGCCAUCGCUGUUGUGGUUGCAGUUUGCGCGGUGCCACUAACGGCGGAAAUAUCUGACAAGGUCCAUCAUCCUAAACACAUUGCCCUGAAGAUGGAUGAGGCGCUGCUGACAGUCAUCAAUGACCUGGAGACAGAUGUGCUGUUGUCAUGGAGAUCAGAGCGAUGCUACCAGAUUUCAACAGGAUGUCUCCAGUUCCACUUUGGGGAGCAUGGAAACUACUCUCUGUGGCUGAAGAAUCUCAACAACGUCUCUCACACUAACUGCUCCAUAAUGGUGAAUUCCAACCCUGUAAACAGUUAUAUCCCGAUCUUGGUUACUUUUUUCAUCUUUGUUGGAUUGGCCUUGAUGUUUGCAGUUGGAACUAGACUUUUAAGAAUCGGGGCGGUGAGAGGACUUGUCCUCAGGAUCAGUGGGUCAAUGGAGGCUGAAAGGCUAAUUAAUUCUGAACUGGGGUCCCCUCGGAUGGAUGCUCUAGUUACUGACAACAUCCUCCCUUCCCCGGCCAGCAGCAGCAGGAGGCUUCGCUCCCUGGACACGUUCAGAGGUAUAUCCUUGGUUAUUAUGGUGUUUGUGAACUAUGGAGGAGGGCGAUACUGGUUCUUCAAACAUUCAAGCUGGAAUGGUCUAACAGUUGCAGAUCUUGUUUUCCCUUGGUUUGUGUUCAUCAUGGGCACAUCUAUUGCACUCUCCAUCAACUCCAUGCUGCGGGGGGGCAAGAGUCGCUCCUCCCUACUCAGGAAAGUCUUAUGGAGGAGCAUUCAGCUGUUUCUCAUUGGCCUCUUCAUCGUUAACCCAAACUACUGCCUUGGACCAUUAUCGUUUAACAACUUAAGGAUCCCUGGUGUGCUGCAGCGCCUCGCCUGGUCAUACUUGGUGGUUGCUAGUUUGGACUUACUGGUGGCGAGAGGUCAUCUGGACAUCCUCACAACAGAUGCUUGGUGGUCUCCUGGCCUUGAUGUAUUACUGUACUGGCCAGCCUGGCUUUGUGUUGUUGUUCUGGAAAUCAUUUGGCUCUGCCUCACUUUUCUUCUUCCUGUACCAGACUGCCCAACAGGAUACCUGGGUCCAGGUGGGAUUGGUGACAUGGGUCUUCAUGUGAAUUGUACUGGUGGAGCUGCUGGUUACAUUGACCGUUGGCUUCUGGGAGAAAACCACAUUUAUCAGUCUCCCUCAUCAAAGGUGAUUUAUGCAACUCAUAUGCCAUAUGAUCCAGAAGGUGUUUUGGGAAGCAUCAACUCUGUCCUUAUGGCUUUUCUUGGAUUACAGGCUGGAAAGAUACUGUUACACUACAGAGAUGUUCCUACAAGGGUGAUUUCAAGAUUUCUAAUAUGGGGUCUUUUUCUGGGAAUCAUAUCAGCAGUGCUGACUGAGUGCUCCACAGACAAAGGCUUCAUCCCCGUUAACAAGAACUUAUGGUCACUGUCAUAUGUGACAACAUUGGCUUGUUUUGCCUUUGUGUUGCUCUUGCUGGUCUACUACACAAUUGAUGUUAAGAAAUGGUGGUCUGGGGCACCUUUCUACUACCCAGGUAUGAACUCCAUCCUGGUGUACGUGGGCCACGAAGUCUUCGAGGGCUACUUCCCCUUCCGCUGGCGCAUGGUUAACAGCCAGUCCCACACUGAGCACCUCAUCCAGAACGUUUUUGCCACAUCUUUGUGGGUUUUUAUCUCUUACAUCCUUUACAGAAAGAGGAUUUUUUGGAAAAUCUAGAGGGCAAAUAGCUAAAUCGCUAAUGGUGCAUAAUAUAUGCAAACACUGUUUACAUCUUUUUUGUUGAAAAUAAAAUUUAUAAUCAUUUGAAAUGGGAGAGCAGGUAUUAAUUGAGGUUAUUAAUGUUAUGAUUGUUUCAAACAGCACCUCACCAUUUUUGUCUUUAUCUUGCAUCUUUUGUCAAUGAACAUGAGACUGCAGGGACAUGAAAUAUAACAUUUUUGGUUAGUGAUGAAGUACCAAGUAGUUUUGUUUCUCUUUAAAUGGGGUUUUCAGUCUUACAAUUACAUUUUUUAAAUCAUCAUUAUUAGGGUUAAUUGAGUAGGGUUGGACUAUAUAAUACUUUUUUGUUUUGUUAGCUCAGCAUUGCUUACCCAUUUUUUUGCUUAAGGAAAAAAAAUCAUUGUGUACAUGGAUUUAUGUAGAAAUUUGAUUCCUCCUCAAAUGUUUGCAAAGUGCAUUUGUUGAUUUGUGCCAACAUAUUUUUUAAAGCGCUUUACUGUUUAUUUGUACAAACAGUAGAUGAUCGCUAUGUUUUAGAGCACAUUUAUGAGGAGUUAUAUGUAAAACCCAUUGAUUAUUCAAAUGCUGUCACAUUUGGUAUGACUUCUAAUCUUGUACUGUCUGAAGUGAUUUUGCUGUCCAAUUUUUAUACAUGGUAUUUUUAUAUUUUGUUCAUUAUUCAAAGAUUAUUUAAUAAAGCUAAU